AUGCUUACAUUCUUCAAUAGUUUAAGAAUCCUACAAAUCCAAAGAUCCAUUAUGAAACAACCUGGCCCAACAUUUGGAAAGGUUCAGAUGGUAAAAGUGAUGCUUUUGUUUCUAAAAUUGGCAUUGGAGAUUGAAGUAAAGGAACUAAUAAGGAGUCACUGCUAUGUUGCUUUUAGCUGUAUGAUACAACAGCCUCGCGUUCCAUCAUCUGGAUUGAUGACAAACAAUGAUGUUCUCAUAUGUGCAAAGGAGUCAGUGGAGAUUGUAACACAAGUGAUGAAAAGGCCUUUUUAUAUGCAUUCCACCAAAGCUAAAGAGUUUGGUGUAAUUGAUAAGAUACUUCUACAUGGUUAAGGAAAAGAUCAUGGCAGAUGCUGCCCCAACAGAGGCAUGGGACAAGAACAUUGGUAUUAAGGCAUUUGAUUUCUUUUUGGAUGUAAUAUAGUAUGGUUGUAAAUAGAUGUAUUAGAUAUGUGGUAUAGUUGUAUUAUAUGUGAUAUGGAGUUAUGUAAUGUGAAGUGUGAGAGAUAGAGUACGGUUCUUUAACCGUACUCUAUUAAGUGUUCAAAUCUAA